AUGCGUGUUUUCGCGCCCCUUUUCCUCGCCCAUCUUGCCCUCGCAGCACCUUCCCCACUCCAUCAAGUGAGGGAACAGGUUGCUAGCAAAUACAUUAUAAAGUUUAAAGAUGCUGUUGAAAUCUCUACUUUCGAUGAUGUCUUAAACUCCCUAUCCGUGAAUGUCGAAAAUACAUAUGAGGGCAUUUUCAACGGCUUUGCCGCCACUUUGGAUGCCUCGGCUCUAGAGAAGCUUCGUGGGCAUCCUAGCGUUGACUACGUCGAGGAGGAUUCUGUUGUCUCCAUCGAUAGCCUGGUGACUGAGCCCACAUCGCGAUGGAACCUCGCUCGAAUCUCGCAUCGUGCCAGAGGCGCCACCAACUACAUCUAUGAUAGCAGUGCGGGUUCGGGCACAUGCGUCUACAUUGUUGGUACAGGAAUUGAGACAACUCAUCCUCAAUUUGGUGGUCGUGCUUUUGCUGGUGCUAAUUUUGCUGGUGGAACCAACAACGAUGGCAAUGGACAUGGAACUGCCAUGGCCGGGGUCGUAGGCAGCAUUCUGUAUGGUGUUGCAAAGCAGACCACCCUUAUUGGCGUCAAGGUCCUCAGUGACAGUGGUUCUGGUACCGUGAGCAAUCUGCUCUCUGGUCUCAGCUGGAUCACUUCCGAUGCUACCACGCGAAGCUGCCCCAAAGGUGUCAUGGUUCUCGUGGCUCUCGGGGGCGGUUAUUCCUCCUCUGUAAAUGCUGCAGUGGCAGCCCUUGUCAACGGCAACAAGUUUGUUGCAGUGCAUGCAGGAAACGACGCCUCUAACGUGGGUAAUUAUUCUCCGGCAUCCGAACCUUCGGCUUGCACAGUUGGAGGGACUGCUGCCGACGAUUCGGUGAGCUCUGCAAGCAACACUGGGGCUUUACUUGAUAUAUGGGCUCCUGGCCAGAGCAUUCUUACUACGUAUCUGAAUGGUGGCACGGCAACUCUUUCCGGAUCACUGGCCGCAGCCCAUGUUGCUGGGCUAGGCGCCUACAUUGCGUCGUUGGAAGGUGUUAGCCCAUCCCUGCUUUGCGUCUGGCUUCAAGCACUAUCAACCAAGAACGUGCUCACGGGUGUACCGCCUGGGACUGUCAACUAUCUUGCAUAUAACGGUAAUGGUGCGUGA